UCUAACACUGUAUUGCUCAAACAAUCACAGAAGUACAGUUACUCUCGAUCAGCUAACAGAGUUGAUGAAACUCUGCUCUCUGUUCAUACAACAGCGAUGAAAAACCUCCAUUUCAAAGAUUACUUCUGGAACACUGACCUAACCUGCACUGGUGGCUAUGAUGCUAUCAUCCAGUACCUCAAUGAUGGCAGGAGGACAUGCAAGGAGGUGGAGGAGUUCAUGAAAGCCAGGGCAUCAAUUGAAGAGAGGUAUGCCAAAGAUCUCCUUGGUUUGUCCAAGAAGGUGUGCGGACACAAUGAGAUGAACACAUUAAAAAGAUCCCUGGACGUGUUCAAAUUACAGACUGAACAUGUGAGUCUGUCACACUUACAACUGGCGCAGAGCAUGAGGGAGGAGGCCAAGAAACUGGAGGACUUCAGAGAAAAACAAAAAGAAGCAAGGAAAAAGAUAGAACAACAGAUGGAUGUUUUCCACAAACAGAAGUGUUCACAGUUCAAGAAGACAAUGGAUUCAAAGAAGACAUACGAGCAGAAGUGCCGAGAUAAAGAAGAAGCAGAUCAGAACGUGAACCGAAACACCAACACCAACAACACCAAGCACAUUGAGAAGCUCUUCUCAAAAGCACAGCAAGCAAAACAGAAUGCAGAAGAAGCAGACAGGUUAUACCAUCAGAAUGUGACCACAGUGGGAAAGGUCAGAGAUGAAUGGAUGAAGGAACAUGUCAAAGCCUGUGAGAUGUUUGAGAAACAGGCAAUGGAGCGUAUUAACGUUCUGAGAAACACAGUCUGGACUCACCUCAAUCAGCUGUCCCAGCAGUGUGUGAACAGUGAUGAGCUGUAUGAGGAGGUGAGGAAGUCACUGGAGCAGUGUGAUGUCCAGGAAGAUAUUGAACACUUUGUAAACCUCAGACGGACUGGUGACAAACCACCAGCUCCAGUUUUGUACGAGAACUUCUACAGUGGUCAGAGGUCUCUAACUGGAGCUCCACCCUGCUCUGCACCCACUCGACUGCCUCCACCCAUCACCAGGAGGGGGCCGUUACCUGAUCCAACACCCACCAGCGAUACAAUCUACUCAACGGUGCAGGACGCAGGGUACAGUGUUAUCCAAUACUAGCACACGGAUCUGAUGAAGGGGGAGUUAUUGUACAUCCUGUGCAGUGCUGGCUGGAGCUUUGUAAUGGACACAAAGGUCACACAGGCCUCAUCACUUCCUCCUUUGUGACUUCCUGUAACGAUAAGUUCGCUCUAGAUGGAAAUGAGUGUCAUAGGGGUGUGCAUACAUAUUUUUGGGUGAGGUUGUGUGGUAUGUUGAAUAUAUCACAGUGUUAUAAAUGGAAUAGUGUAGUCAUUAUUUUAUUCUUAGGUUCUUGUGUGUAUUUGUGUGUAAGCAAAAGUAAAAUCAAGACUUUUGCUCAGUAUUUUGAUUUAAAAAAAUGUAAAAUUAAAUCAUAAACAUAAAAA